AUGUAUAAUCGGUACUCAGAGAACAAUGACAGCCGGACAGAACAGUAUAGGAAGCUUUUUAUUGGCGGUCUUACGCACAAUACGACAGAAGAUCACCUAAAGGAAUAUUAUUCUGCGUGGGGUGAAAUCGUCGAUGUAGUUGUCAUGAAGGACUCCCAAUCCGGUCGGUCCCGUGGUUUCGGUUUUGUAACUUAUAAGGAGCCUGAAAUGGUUGAUACUGCUCAGGCCAAUCGUCCACACGAAAUCGAUGGUAAGAUAGUCGAAGCUAAAAGGGCAAUGCCCAGGGAAGACUCCUCCUGUGCCGAGGCGCAUAUGACAGUCAAGAAGCUCUACGUUGGUGGACUAAAGAGGGAUGUUACAACAGAGGAUUUGCGUGAGUACUUUUCUAAGUACGGGAAGAUCAUUGACUGUGAAGUUGUCACAUCAAAGGAUACGAAUAUCUCUCGGGGUUUCGGCUUCGUUACCUUUGACGACUAUGAUCCUGUCGACAAGGCUAUUCUCUAUAAGCCACAUACUAUUAAGUCCAGUCAAUCUGACGUUAAAAAAGCUCUCAGCCGGGAAGAGAUGAACACCAUAAGGAGAAAGACAGACUAUAGGCAGGAUUACGGCUACGGCGGUGGAUAUCGCAAUGGGGGCUACGGUCCCCCUGGCGGUUAUAGUGGAUAUCUGCAUCACGGUUACGCUGGUCCUCCUCCAGGCCCGAUGGGUGGUUAUCACGAUAAUUGGGAUCCCUAUCCACCGAGUGGGUGUUGGAAUAAUGGUAUGGGAGAUGGAUUUGGCCACUAUGGCGGCCAGAGUUACGGUGGUGGACCGAUGAGGAGCCCACCAGGUGGCGGUUACCAGCGUAACCAACCUUAUGGAGGUAACUACAGUCGUCGUUAG